AUGUGGCUCCCCCCGGCAUUUUAUGGGAAAGGAGUUCCUAGUGCAAUCCCAGUAGGGAGGAAAUCGCCCGGGAAUCCGCGGAGGUGGCCUCUUAGAAAGAUCGCCGAGAGGGGAGGAGCCCGGAUUGUCCUGGAAGAACAGCAUGGCCCCAUCCGGGAAGUCACAGCCCGCGGGAGGCUGCGGCUGGCGGCUCAGGUCCUGGGGGUGGCAGGCGCCGGGGCAGCCGGCCUCCCUAGCUGGGGCCUGCGCGCCUGGGAGCCGGCUCAGUGUGCAAGUACAACACGCACGGCCGGCCCGGCAUCUGUGGCCUCCGCCCUCGCGCCACGGCUCGCGGGGUGGUCGCCUGAGCCGAGCAGGGCAGGUCCUCGCCUGAGGUCGGCUCCUGCAGCCCUGGGCCUCCGCGAGGCGCGGCAGCCCCUCCCCCGCCGGAGCCCGCGCUUCCGCCCGAGACCCGGCGGCGGCCGUGACCGUGGCCGCGCCGCGCCUUCCGCCUCCUGGCUGCCGCCGCCCGCCCACCCGCGCUCGCGCUCGCGCCGCGCCCCAGCCCCGGGGCCUCCGCCAUGUGACUGA